UCCAUUUUUAUGAGAUGUGAUUUUUUACAACACCAAUGAAUAAAUAUAUGUGUACUCUCCUGAAUAUUGAUUAACAAAUAGUAGCAGAGCGUGUACCUGCAUAAUUUGAGGAUGGCAGCCAAUAUUAAUGUGAAGAAUCCCCCUGAUAUGAAAGGGAAGACUUAUGAGCAAUUGAAGAAUGAGAUUGCCAUGUGGCAAAUUUUAACAGACCUUGACAAAAAGAAGAGAGCUAUAGCCAUUGCUUUAUCUCUAGAAGUAGGGAGGAAAGCCAGACAGAAAGCACAAGAUAUUCCUGCUGCAGACCUGAAUGUAGAUGGUGGUGUUCAAAUUUUAUUGACAGAGCUGGAUAAAGUCUUUGAGAAAGACAAGAUUGACAGGGCCUAUUCAGCAUACACAGCAUUUGAUCAGUUUAAAAGAAAAGAAGAAUCAAUGUCUGUUUAUAUUAUGGAAUAUGAACAGAAGUACACCCAAAUGAAGAAGUUUGAUAUGACAUUGCCACAGGCUGUUUUAGCCUUUAAGCUUCUUGACGGCGCCAAUUUAUCAAAGAGAGAAAGGCAACUCGCCCUAACAGCAUGUCCCACAAUCCAGUUUGAGGAGAUGAAAUCGGCCUUAAAUCGAAUAUUUGGUGAUAGUACCGGUACAUUAAAUUCCAAACAAGAAGAAGAUUCAUUCCUAGAUGUUAAUGUCACAGAGUCUGCAUUUAGAGUCAAUAGCAGUAGAUUAAAAUAUGAAGAUAGGCCUAGAUCUAGAUACAGAUUUAAAUCAUCUACUGACAGCUUGAGAGUAUCCCAGAAAUUGAAUCCGAUGAUUAGUGGAGCUGUUUCGAGAUGCAGAAUUUGUGAUUCUCGUUAUCACUGGAUGAAAGAAUGCCCUACUCGAAUACAACACAUUAACAAUACUGAUAAUCCAGAUGCAGCUGAAGAAAAUGCCCACAUCACUUUAUAUACUGGUGCAGAUACUGAUUUGACUCCCGGUGAAAUUUUAAUAUGUGAAGCGGCUAACUCUGCUAUCAUCGAUACUGCGUAUUCAUGACCAGUAUAUUAUAGGGUUGAUUGGUCGGUGUAUAAAGGUGCUAAUUAGUACUCAUCAGUGUGGAUAGAAGCCUAUACGAUAAUUAUUAAUUAAUUAUUGGUGUUUGAUGUAUUAAAAUUGUUUUUUUUUAUUAUUGAGUUGUUUAAAUUAUUUAAUCUUAAGCUUGAGAUUAUAAAUCCCGGCUUUGUUAUUUUGUAUUUUAAACUUCAAACCAAUUCCGAUGCAAGCUUGGAAUUUGUAUAUAUUUCGAAUAAAAUCAGAAACUAUCACCAUUUGAUAUCGAUAUCUCAGAUACAUAUCAAGUUAACUAUAGCCUAAUUCCAAUGUAUCCUUGUAUCGCUUGCCGUUCCACCGUGCGUCAGGGGGGUUGGAUGGCUGAAUGGUUAGCGUGCGCGCGCUGUAUCAUAAAGUCUGUCAUUGAGUCGACUGGCGUGGUUUCGAAUCCCCGGUUGUACGUGACAAGGAGUAGGGUCGCCUGUCCAACCUCGUGGGUUUUCUCUACGGGUCCUCCGGUUUCCUCCCACUGCUAAAGACCCCUACGCGCAAGCGAAUUAUUGAAAUAAAAUUAAACCAUAUGUUAGUCCCGAAAUGACCUAAUUGUGUCGAGUGGACGUUAAACCCCAUUUCUCUCUCUCUCUCUCCACCGUGCGUCCCAGACAAGAAGGUCUUCAGUGUGAAGAGUGUAAUCUAUGGCAGCAUAGAAAAUGUAUAGAUAUAUCUCAGGCAGCAUAUAGAAGAGCGGUGAAAGGGUUAGAAGAGAUUAAAUGGACAUGUACUCCUUGUAUAAAGCCGUAAGUAACUUUUAAAAAAUCAACAGAACCGAAACAUCAAUUUCUAUAAGCAACGAAACAUCUUUCAUAUUUUUACCGUAUUUAAUAUUCUUACCACCGUAUUUGAUGUUUUAAUUUA